AUGACCACCACCACCACCUCCGCCACCUCUGGACCAUGGCAUGACGCCGGCGACGGCUUCUUUGGCCCCAUGUCGCCCGACAGCUGGCCCGACGGCGACAACGACUUCCAGACCGUCCUCUCCUCGCUCGCUGGCAGCGACCGUGCCUACUCCAAGUCGCCCAACAGCUCCUUGAACUCCGGCUACUCCCCGCCGCCCCAGCAGCUUACCGGCCUGCCCCUCCCCAUCACCCCGCUGGUCCAGGCCCAGCCCUACGGCAUCGUCUCCAAUGUCCAUCUCCAGACCAGUUUCCAGCCCAUCUCCCCGGACGUGCCCGACAGCGCCUCCAACUCGCCCGCCUCCGUGCCGGUCCACACCCCGCCCGAGAUGAAUGCGUCCAUCGACCAGAUGUUGGAGAUGAACCCCGCCCUGUGGAGCCAGAGCAGCCCGAGCAUCGACCAAAGCUGGGAGAUGGUGCCCAGGCAGUCUUCCAUCACCUCGCUGGACAGUCCAACCGCCCCUUCGCACGGCUCCUAUGAUCGCGUCACCGACCUUUUCCCCAUGAUGCCGGGCGAGCCCCAGAUGUCCGUCCAGCAACAGCACGAUGCCGCCUUCGUUGCCCAGCCCUUCCAGUACCCCAUCCAGCACGGUAGCAGCAUCCUGUCCAUGUCGCCAUGUCCCCGCGUUGACCAUUGCGCAGCCGCCCCGCCGGAUUUCUCGCCCUCUCCUACCGCUCGAACUGGCAUGCACACCAUGGCGAAUGCCCAGCCUGCGGCCGACCUCGCAAGGUUCCCGCCAGCCUCCCAGUUCGACCUCGACAUGGCCAAGCCCUUUUCUCACAUGCAGCGUCAGCCACAGCAGCCACAGCAGCAGCCCUGGAGCAGCGAAUCUCUGCGGAACAUGAUGAACAUGGAGGCGGCGCCCGAUGCCCUUGUCUUUGGGCCUGGCUACUACCUGGCCGGACAUCCUCCGCAGAUGCAGCCUGUCACCGAGGAGCAGCUCCGACGGAGCCUCUCUGCGUCGACCUCUCAUUCUCUUUCUCCUGAGACGUCUCCUACUGCCCUCCCGGCCACUUCGCUAGACAUGUCCGUGGCAUUUUCCACCGGCCAGGAGGUAUCCUUCCCCAUCCAAGGCAGCGCUGCCCACGGUUACGUCAGCAACGACAUGAUAUCUCAACAGCCCCUUUUCGUCGAUACGUCUCCUCUUCAAGCGUUCUCAACGGCCGACCAAUACCCAUUUCCCAACUAUGUUGCUGAUGCAAGUCUCAUUUCUCCGACCGCGGAGUCGCACCCGCGCUCCUCGAUCAGCUCUGUGAACCUGUCUAUGGAACACAUGGCCGAAGCUCUCGUGCCUGCGAACCAAGGCUCAGGCUUUGUCAACCCAUUCGGCGGUGAGAGCCCGCCAAUGAUCUCAUCCGCCCAGCAUGUUCCGCAGGCGUCAGAGAGUCCUACCGCAACUGGAUCCGUGGAUUUGUCUCUACAAUCGAGCGCGGCGCAGAGGUCCGGCGGCCGGCAACUCGGUUCACACCUGGAUCCCGACAAGAGAAAAGACGCGAAUACGAUGCGUGAAGUCGGCGCGUGUUGGUCCUGCGCGCUUCAGAGGGACAAGUGUGGACCGGGCGACCCCUGCCACCGGUGCGAGAAGCGUAAACACAAGGCCAAUGGCCCUCAUCCGCAACUCGCAUGUGAUCGUACUCCGCUCUGGGAUCUGCUGGAGUUUUUCCUUCCCUCUCAAUUGACUGAUCUACACAAGCCAAAGACGCUUGAAGACUUUGUGGGGAAGCACACCACGGGUUGGACUAACAUGCGCAUCAAACUCAAGUUGAUCCCCGGGCGUGGUCUUCCGGCCAUGGUUUGCGAAGCUUACGAGUUCAUUCCUCAAACCAACGAGUCAGCACGGCAAUUCCAAUAUUUCAAGGAUCACAAGACCGGGUUGUCUCAACGACGCGAAAAGCCUUCACCGCCGCUGGGGAUGAUGCAGAUCGAGCAGGAAGACAUCAAGCGUUACUCGAAGUAUCUUGAUGAAAUUGUCGAACAUCAUUUCCGCGCCUUUGCCCAGAUGUAUUGCUCGGAUGACGAGUAUGACUUCCAGCUCCGACUUCUGGAAUUCAUCCGCGAUCUCAAGCCUGAGUCCAAAGAUGAGAAGUUGCUCCUUCAUGAGGUCCGUCGCCUCAUCGUUGUCACUUACAUAAUGGGCCACACGCUUGUCCUCGAGGAAGCAAACCGCGCUCAAGUUCUCCCCCGCCUUCGAUUUGAUCGUCGCUCGGCGUCCGACUAUGGGUCGUUCUGUUCUCCCCGGGUGGUCAACCGGCAGCUCAAAUAUCUCUUCUGCGGACUGCACAAGACUACCAUGCACGAGGUUUACAAACGGCUACAGCAAAUGCUCAAGAAAUCGACGCAGUGGCCGCCUGCAAAAUGGACUGCUGCCUUCUGUGCCAUGCUUGGCCUUGCAAUGGUGCACGAGGAUACCCAGAAGACCAUCCAGCUCGUCAUGGACCACAAGACGGUCUCCGAGGGUAUGGACGAAAGGCAUGCUCGGGAAGGCGCUCGGCGAGCGUGUGAGGCUAUUGAUGUCAAGUUCUCGUUUGUCAUGGCGCUCUUCAUGCGUCGUAGCAGCAAGAGCGAAAACCCAAUUGUGCAUCGCGAUGGAGCGUACUGGGCUGGCAAACUGGAGCGCAACUGCGCCAUGUUCGCCGAGAAUGUUAGGAAGCUUGUGAGCAACAACUACGUCUACCUUCACCAACAAAAGCAAAUACCUUCGGAUUCGCAGGGCAACUUCACUUCGCGUCUGGUCGGACGUUUCAUUACGGCGCUAUAUGACCAGAGCUAA